UGUUUUUUCGAACACGGAUAUUUUUUUCCACGGAUUAUUUUGAUUUACCGGAGGGUAUAUCACAAUUACUUUUAAAAUAAGGAACAAUUUUAUUAAAAUAAUUAUUUAAUCAUUUGAAACGUCUAUUUUAAAAGUUAUUUUUAGUUUCCCAAUAAUUUUAAUUUUAAGCAAGCAAAGCAAUGUUAUAACUAAAACGACAAUUUAUGUUUCCCAUUCACACCCGGAUCAUAAAUUUUUGUUUUUAUCGAGGUAAAGUGACAGAGUCUCAAGAUGAGCAUUUCAGUAAACUUUAAAUCGGAUGCUGGGUGAGGAUCAAUAGUUUUAUGUCAAAUAACUAUUAUGUGAUUGCUUUAAUGAUAUUUUUUAAUCUUUUACUUUUGUACGUCAGCUAUAUCUUUUUCUGAGAAGAAAACAAAAUAUCAACUACAAGCAUAUUAACGGAAACACCAAGGAUAUUGACGAUUAAACAGGAGAAUAUUUAUUUGUCAACAGACAGGAUAGCUACAACUUUAGUUUAACGCGCACCAUCAGAAAGAACAUCCAAAAAUGUUGGCUGAGAAGUUAUCGUCAAUUUCAGAGUAUGAUGAAAAUUCAACUAGAACAAGUUUGACUGGAUUAAGUUCAUAUACAGGAUACACAGUACAUAACCGCUCCCCAAGUGGCGAUUCACUGAAUACCAUCUCUUCUACAAUCACAAACAACACAAAUAAGUAUAGUAGAAAUGGAUUACCUGGGGAUAGGAAAAUUGCUACCGAAAAUGCAUUGCAGCAAAGGCUAAGGACUAAAAGUCUGGCUCAAACGCACAACUAUCAAUUUUGCAAGAAAAUUCGAAUUACAAUGGCUUUGAUAGGAAUUCUUCUCCUAGUGGCUGCAAUUUUUAUGUUGAGUUUUUAUUUGCCUAAACAAUAUGAGAGUGAGACUAUAGCAACUAAAGCAAAAAUUAUUGAAAAGAAAUAUACUGUAUUUGGCAAGAACAUAUUUAUUGAUCACAAGGACUAUUUGACACUGCGAUUUUCUUCCAAUGUCAGUGCUUUGGUUGCAGAAUCAGAAAGCAAGCCAAAUAUUGCAUUAAAGGUCGAUCUUGGGCAGCAGUUAUCUGAAGCAGCAAAAAAGAAUUUCUCAGUUCACUACACAAAUGACUCAUUGACAAUAAAAUUUCAAGAACUUGAUUUAGAUGUAAUCACAUUAACAAUAACAAAGCUAAACUUUAGUGAUCAGUGCUAUGAAGUUUAUUGGAUAUCAAGUUAUAAUAAUAAAUUGGAAGAUUGUUUUGACACAAAGUUUUCUCAUUGGUUUGGACUUGGAGAAGUCUUUAACCAAACAUGGCCAUUAGACAAAACGUCUUUUCCAAUGACACCUUUUUUAACUUCUGACUACCUUGAUAGUUAUCAGCCUAAUAUUUUUGGUAGUGUAUUAGAACCAUUUGCAGUUAACAGCAAAGGGGCGGGGAUUUAUAUUGAUGAACAUGUGCCAUUACAUGUUAGUAUGAAUGAAGUAACUAAGAAGCAUCCUAAAGGUGAUAAGUUUUGUAUCCGUGCUGACUUGAAAGACUACUACAACGUGAAAUAUGUCAACACAAGCUCCACAAACUUACUGAAAUAUACUGUUUGUAUCAGAGAUAACAUAAAAGAUGUUCAUAAGGUUAUGUUUGAUAAGUUUAUUGAAAAGCCAGAGAAAGUUCCAGAUAAACGAAUGAUGACUCAACCAAUAUGGUCAACUUGGGUACAAUUUCGAACACAUAUAAACCAGAGUGUCAUAUUAAAAUUUGCAGAGGAAAUCAAAAAUCAUGGAUUUGAAAGGAGUCACAUACAAAUAGACGAUUCAUAUUCUACACAGUAUGGAGAUUUUAAUUUUAAUCCUGAAAAGUUUAGUGACCCAAAUCUAAUGAUUGAUAUUUUAAAAAGUUAUGGUUUUCGGAUAACCGUUUGGGUAUAUCCUUUUGCAGGCUUAAAAUCUAAGGCUUUUCUUCGGGGAUUACCAUAUUGGAUGAAAUUUGGUAAAAAAGGAGCUCCUGGGAUAACAAAGUGGUGGCAUGGUUUUGCUACAAUUCUUGACACAACUAAUGAAAAUGCUAGAACAUGGUUUCAAAACACAUUGGAGGGGUUUAAGAGGCUUAAAAUUGAUGGUUUUAAAUUCGAUGCUGGUGAACUUAACUAUUUGCCACAAGAUUACAAUUUUAUAAUCCCUCAACCCAAUCCUAAUUAUUUUACCAAACUCUAUGUAGAAUUGGCAUCCAAGUUUCAACAACUUGGUGAAGUGCGAAGUUCAUACAAGUGUCAAAAGUAUGGGAUGUUUACAAGAAUUCUUGAUCGGGCAUCUCAUUGGGACACUGGCAAUGGACUACAUUCUGUUUUGACAGCGGCUCUGACUUUCAGCAUGAUAGGGUAUCCCUAUGUUUUGCCAGAUAUGGUGGGUGGUAAUGAGUAUUUUUAUAAGCCAAACAAGGAGCUGUAUGUUAGAUGGGCUCAACUUUCUGCCUUUUUACCUGCUAUUCAGUUUUCAAAGCCACCAUGGGAUUUUGAUAAUGAUAAAGAUGUUUUGGUAAUUGUAAAGGAGGCCUUAGCUAUUCGUAAAAACAUAUCUGAAGUGAUGUAUACUGCAGCAGAGAAUGCAGUGAUUACAGGCGAGCCAAUAAUCCGACCAUUAUGGUGGUACUGGCCAGUGGAUCAUGAGACGUUUGUUGUUGACACAGAAUUUAUGGUGACUGAAAAGUUCCUUGUUGCCCCCGUUAUGCAUUUAAAUAUUGUUUGGCAUACCAUAUAUUUGCCAGCUGGCGUAUGGAAAGAACAGUGGGGGAGGAAAAGCACAAUAAAUAUGACGAAGGGUGGAUAUCGUGGAUAUAAUGUUACAUUGAGAGAUGUUUGCUAUUUUGAGCUGCUUAGCAAAAAUUAGCACUAAAUAUAAUGUUCAAUAUUUGUAUUUGUGGGAAAAAAUGUUAAAUGAGUUGUACAGAUUGUCGUGGUUGUAGGUGAUAAUAUUUUUUUAUUUAAAAUUAUUUAUUCUGUUAAAUACAUUGUGUAAUUUGAAGCGUAUCUUAAUCUCAAUCAGAUUUGCUUUAAAAACAUUGUUUAACGUUUGAACAUUCUCAGCCUAACCAUUAAUGGCUUUAGUGUGCUUAAUUCUGCAUUGUAAAAAGUCCUCGCGAGUUGUUAGGCACACAUGUCACAUUUCCUUGGUGAGAUUCUAUGUAUUAUUAAUAGUUAUAUUUUUAUAAACGGACUACUCCAGACAAAAUUAAUUGCGUACUACAAUUAGACAUGUGUCAUUCCACUUUCAAAGCCAUGGUUUUUAAAUCCAUUAUGGGCUAUAAUUUUAAAUUGGAAAUUUAAUUUACAAUUAACAUCCGCAUUUAUUUAUUUUGAAUUAAAAGUUUCAUAAAAUUUGUUAUUUUAUGCCUUGUUUAGCUUGUAUAGUUUAUUGUUAUUAAGUUUAAUCUUUUUAUAAAACUGAUAAAAUUUGUUUAAUUUGUAUAUUAUAAUAAAUUUCGCUUUCACAUGUUUUUUAAAAAACACUUUAAAGCCAGGUAAAGCAUUUGAACUUGCUUAAUUUUUGCUGACUUUUUGAACCUGAUUAUAAAACAAAAAUUAGUCACCUGGGAACGAGAUUGUUUUUUUGUGAUGUUAUUGGUACAAAAAUAUCACUGUUUUCGUAAUCUUUUAUUAACCUAAAGACAUUUGUAUUUCGAAGAAAUUUGUGUCAAGGUUGUGGAACUUUAAUAGAUUUUAACUUGUUUAAAAACUUUUGGAUUGUGGAAAAGUUUUUACAUAUUUUUACAUGCGUAUUUUUAUUUUAAUAUGUUCAAACUAAUCUAUACUCUAGAGCACCAGAUAAAUGGGGGCUGGUGUAUAAAUUGUUUCGAAAAUCAAUACCUAUAGGGCGUUGGAGCAAUUAGAGGGUUGGAAACCAAAAAGCAUGAUAUUUUAAAAAGACUUUGUAAUUUUUUCAGAUAAUUGACUGCAUGUUAUAAUACGCGCAAAUUCGAUUUUUUUUUGCUGCGCGAGAAUUCAUACGCGUAAAAAUAGUACUGAUAAGGUAUAUUUAUAAAUAUAUUCCAUUUUCUUUUUGUGAUAUACAUAAUAAUUUUUGCAUUAAUUAUAACAAACAACGUUCUGGUUAUAUGUUAAUUUUCUUAUUAUUUUUCAUAUUCCACUAAUUUUUUUACAAAGCUAUUUUAACUUUUUAACACUCCUUACUUUAACCCACCCCACGAUGUAAAUUUUAUAUGUUGUCCAAAUAGCUUCCCAGGGUCGUUUGAUAUUGAGGGGAUGGUGCCUAUUUUAUGUGCACUUUUAAAAUUUGUCUUGUCAAUGUUUCACGGAAAAAUCAGGUUGUUAACUUAGUCAAAACUGAAUUCUCAAAAAGUCUGAAAUCUUUGACAUUUCGAAAUAGUUAACAACCUGAAAACAUUAAGUCCCGUUUUAUGGGAUUUGUGGGAUUGUUAUGGGAUUGUUUUAUCUCACUUUGAGGCACAAUUUAUAUAUGGUGAAGGAUCUUCUUAAUGUGUUUUCAGACUUUUUAAAGGACGCAACUUCAUUUUAUAAGUUUUUGUAACUUCUUGUAUUUCGCGGAUAUAGUAUUUAACGUCUGUAUAGAUUCGUUCUCUCUUGCCGUGAGCCGAAAAUCUGCGACAAACUUUCGAUAUCCGUUACAUUAAGUUCUCAAUGCUAUAAGGCUAUAUAAAAAUCACAGGGCUCCAAUAAGUUUUAAUUUUCUUACAUGCUUCUAUUUAGUAAACAAUCUUAAAAAAAAUGACCCAAAUCAAAAUUUGUUUUUUUAUAACUAGUCUUUUCGCAACCUCGUUCCCAAGGCUCCUUGCUGUACCUUUAAAAAAUAGAGGAUUCCUUGAGAACGAGGUUGUUGUUUACGAUGCAAAUAUUAAGAAAUAUUGUAAUUUUUCAUGUUUUAAUUUGUUUUCUUUGUAACUUCGAUCCUAGGGCUUGUUGUUUCUUUUGCAGCGCCAGUGAGAGACAAUUCCUCGGAACGAGGUUGUUUUAUUUGUAAUGUCUAGAUGUAGAUUAUAUCAAUUGUAAGAUAACUUGUUCUUAA